GAUGUAAUGUGUUGGCUUUCCCAACACAUGUGCAUGGGGUAGUGUAAAUGGUGUAUGCCUAGGGACGGGAAGAACAAGUUUGAUUACCGUUGUGGUAGCAUUUUUUGAGCUCCCCCGAAUGACGCAAAGUAAUGGUUCUACCCAGGAAGCGGACUCAAGAGUUUCAAAUAAGCCUAAGGCUUUUGAUUCAAUCGAGCUUGAAUAGAUAGGUAUAACUUUUUCCUAUCCUUGCUUUGGUCCCUAGUUGGAGAGUAAUCUAACGUUCUUUCCUAAAUCAUCGAAAACAAUGUGAACAAUGUAACACAAAUACAUUAAACAAUGAUAUGUUAAUGGCUUCCUAUGACAAGUAUAGCGAUUGGACAACAUAGUAGAAAAUAUGAGUCUCCAUUUUGGAAAACUAGGCUAAAUGCAUGUGUGCAAAGUGUCGUUUUAUAUAAGACUCUGAAGUCAGCACAGGCUUAUUACGGAUGACACUUGCCAAUGACUUAAUAUUUAUUGAAAAGGAGACAUCAUUUUAAUGAAAACAUCCAUGAAAGCAGAAAGUGGACUACACAUGCUAAUCUGGGAUAAAACUACUCAGAUGUAUUUAAUCCGGUUUUCCUAAAUGUAGGCUCAUAUAAUUGAAAAGUGUUCUUUAUUUAAACAGGUUACAAUGAGUUUGUCCUGUUUUGACAAAGCAACUUUUUUAUCUGAUUUUUAAAAAUGAUUUCUUGAACUUUAGCAGUGAAUUGUUUUUUGUUGGAAACUUAUUUUUGGUUUGCUGCUUAUUGCAGAUACGAUUGAGAUAUUAAAGGCCCCUUAUGCCACAUACGAUGUUGAGCCCAAUAUGAAGAUUGUCAUUGCCAUAGAUGUCACCACGGUCCCAGACUGGCAGAACCAGAUUAGCUACAAAUGGUUCUGGUACUUGCCAGUAACCACGGCGACCGGUGACCAGAUUAUAGAGAAGCAGCCACUCCCACCCACCUCCAGCUAUGACAAGUACUUCAAGCUGUCAAUGUCGGGCAAGGAACUGACCUUCACCAUACCCGACGUGAAAACACCUGUAAUGGCGGACAGUAUAGCCGAGUAUGAUCUCUACCAGGACCUCACGGAUGACAGGCUUUUCUCCAUCAAUAUCAGCCACAAGUUUGACCAUCGAGUGGUGAACUUCACUGUGAAAGGAAAGGAGCUGGAAAAAACAAAUACGAUUGAGAUAUUAAAGGCUCCUAAUGCCACAUACGAUGUUGAGCCCAACAUGAAGAUUGUCAUUGCCAUAGAUGUCAUCACGGACCCAGACUGGCAGCACCAAAUUAGCUUCAAAUGGUUCUGGUACUUGCCAGUUACCACGGCGACCGGUGACCAGAUUAUAGAGAAGCAGCCACUCCCACCCACCUCCAGCUAUGACAAGUACUUCAAGCUGUCAAUGUCGGGCAAGGAGCUGACCUUCACCAUACCCGACGUGAAAACACCUGUAAUGGCGGACAGUAUAGCCGAGUAUGAUCUCUACCAGGACCUCACGGAUGACAGGCUUUUCUCCAUCAAUAUCAGCCACAAGUUUGACCAUCGAGUGGUGAACUUCACUGUGAAAGGAAAGGAGCUGGAAAAAACAAAUACGAUUGAGAUAUUAAAGGCUCCUAAUGCCACAUACGAUGUUGAGCCCAACAUGAAGAUUGUCAUUGCCAUAGAUGUCAUCACGGACCCAGACUGGCAGCACCAAAUUAGCUUCAAAUGGUUCUGGUACUUGCCAGUUACCACGGCGACCGGUGACCAGAUUAUAGAGAAGCAGCCACUCCCACCCAACUCCAGGUAUUACAAGUACUUCAAGCUUUCACAGUCGGACAAGGAGCUGACCUUCACCAUACCCGACGUGAAAACACCGGUAAUGGCCGACGAUACGGUCGAGUAUGAUAUCUACCAAAACCUCACUGAUGACAGGCUGUUCUCCAUCAAUAUCAGCCACACGUUUGACCAUCGAGUAAUGAACUUCACAGUGAAAGGAAAGGAGUUGGAAAAACCAAAGUCUGUGCCAGUGGACAAUGCGGCAGGAUUCGAUCUGCGGUUUAUUGCUCUGAUUGUGGGUAUCCCGGUAGUGUUGAUCGUUUUGGGAUUAAUCAACCUGUACCGGAAAAGAGGUGGUACCCGCCGAUUGGGCAAGAAGGAGAGGAAGGCAGGAAACAACCCUGAACAGGAACUGCAAGAAAAUGAUUUCCAGGAUGCGGGGAGAGUUGAUGAUUUCAAUGAUGAUUCCAGAGAAAUGGAGACCGGUAUGAACGCAGAGGCGCUUCCUUUGAGUGAUGGCAAUGAGAAUGCAGAGAUUGGUAAAGGCAGUGAUGACGUCCUGGAGGACGGGUCGGAUGAUACAUGUCCAAGGAAGUCAUGUAGGAUACUAUGAUCUAGUUACAUCAGUUCAAUCGCCGCCGACAAAGACAAACCGAGAGAGCGGCAUCCCAUAGAAAAAAUCCACCUUGACGUCACCCGGCGAAUGCAAUGGCGUGAGGAGGAAAGUACGGAAUUCGGUGGCGAACUUCCUAAAAAAGGCUUUGCAGGCGUACAAAUAUAACGAAACCACCGCUUGUGGUGUCCAGGUUUAAAAAAUAACUAAAGCGAUUGCAAAAAUAACUCACACAUAAAGUGAUGUUUUAUGGAAAUAAUCCUUAUGCAAAAAGUACGUACGCAAACAAGAUGAUGAAUCGACAAUAUGUUGUUAGACUAAUCUAUACACAUCAGACAUUUUCAAUCGCGACGUGAAAGCUGGUCCAUGUUAAACAUUUUCUGAAAAAAAAACUUAUUGGACUUAAAAAAAACUUACUGAAGUAAUAUGAAGUGAGCAUUAAUUCUAUAAAUAUAUUACAUACCGCACCUGCACAAUAAUACAUUAUCGGAAUAUUCAUUUUGCGGAUCCAAUCGGUGUAUAAAAUUCAAUGAUGUUUCGCAUUGUGCCGUCUAUAAAACCAAUAUCUACGACACCGACAAUAUAGGAUUCUACGAAUCUGCGCAUACACGUACCUAUUGCGUUUUAUAAAAUCUAAUAGAGUGUAUCUGUGUUAAUUCAAAAUGGAAUGACUAUAUGUUACACUAUAUGGAAGUGUAGGGAUGCAUGUUAUUAUAAUAUACAUGCUAUUCGUUUUUUUUUCGUGAAUUUUAGAUGUCGUUCCCAACAAAUUUCUUCGGGGAAAAACUUCUCUAUUUAAAAAUGUGUGUUGAGUAUUCAAAGGAACCGCAAUAUAAGAAAGUAUCAACGAUCCAUUAUGUGUACAAUUAUUAAUAUUAUGUAAAUUACGUUCGAUUGAUGUCAGAACACAGAAAAUAUAUUUCAACCUCAGAAAUAUAAUCUCAUAUACAUACACGUGACUAUUUAAAAACAUAAAUUAUGAUACAAAAUUUCAAAAACAACUAUUGACAUAAAACACCAAAAGGUAUUAUCCUUGGAAAAAACCUUACUCUAGAAAGCGACUGAUCUUCAGCAAUUUAAAACACAACGGUAAAAUAAUUAUCAUUCGUUGGACAUUUAUACGAUAUGAUUUCGGGAGUCGAUCGAUCAAUUAACUUAAUACAGCAUGUCCAAAGUACUGUUUUUAAUUCGAAAUCCACAAAUGUUCUUGUUCACGAAAAAGUCAUUGUUUUAAAACUCGGUUAUUUAUGUCGAUUAAUUUACAUCAUGUAAACGAAUUACAUUAUACAAAUAUACGAGCAAUCUUCAAAUGAAGAUAAUGAUACAGAAAUAUGUUUGUGUUUUAUAAGCACAUUUUGUUAAAAAGUGGCAAUAUGUUAUUUAAACAAAUAGUUUGGCAUGUUUAAUUAAUAUAAUCGAACGUCAUAUUGCAAUAUUCAUUUGUAGUCCUAUAUUAAUGAAGCAUGCCGGUAUGUAUAUGGUAGUGUUAAUUGAUAUUUUGUUUACAAAUUCCUACGCACGUUUGGUAUCCAUCAUUUUGCAUUUGAAAUUGUCCUUAAGAGGUACAUUUCGUUAAAAUAGUAUUGUGAUAUUACUUAGGACCAACUAAUUCUAUAUAUAAUACGAAUUCAAUACUGCUCCAGCAGCUGGAGUUUCACUUUUUUAUAUAAAAGAUAUUGUAACAUAAUUGUUAAAACAUAACAUGCACUAAAGGGAUACUCGUACAAUCAUUAUAUUCAUAAAGCAAUCAAUUGACAAUAUUGAACAAGUUUGAACAGUCGGUACGAAUGUAUAAUGUGACAUCAAUGUUGUAUUUUCUUAAACCAAAGUUAAUAUUCUGGCUUGUGACACACGUAGUAGAGCUGCCGGUUAAAGUAAUCUUUCAAUGCAUGAAUGAUUCCCAAAUUGAAUGUUUGCUUCCUUUAAAAGAUGACCAAGACCGACAUUUAGCUAAAUAAUGUUUAUAAAACAUGCUAGUGUGUAUUUCAGUUGAGUGUGUUUGUUUCUUUGUUUUCUUUGCUUUUUUAAACCAUUCAACAUUCUGUUUAUUUCGCUUAUAUGUCAUGUUUCAAAUUUGUUGUUGCUGAUAUUGCUUUUAAGCAAAAUAUAUUAUUUUGUAUUUUGAAAA